UUUCCAGGACACAAUCCUCAAAAUUUAAGCCAACCCAUUUCAAAAGCGUCGCCGAGCACAUCAGGAUCCAUUGAAAAGUGAAAACCAUCAUCUCCAAUUCAAUUAAUCGCCCAACUCGGUCUCUCAUCAAACUCAGUCAGUUAAAUCAGCUUCCUUUAUGGACGGCUCCACAUCGAUACACCGUGGCGGCGAUUCCUUGCCCUCAGCAUUCGCGUCUUCGGUGUCGAUGAAGAGAGAGGUGGUGGAAGAGAGCGUGUCGCGAUACGACGAGGAGGAGGAGGAGGAGGAGGACGUGUGCCGGAUCUGUCGAAAUCCGGGAGACACGGAGAAUCCUUUGCAGUAUCCGUGCGCGUGUAGUGGAAGUAUUAAAUAUGUUCACCAGGAUUGCCUCCUUCAGUGGCUCAAUCAUAGCAACGCUCGUCAAUGCGAGGUCUGUAAACAUGCAUUUUCCUUUUCCCCGGUUUAUGCUGAGAAUGCUCCAGCUAGGCUUCCUUUUCAGGAGUUUGUAGUUGGAAUGGCAAUGAAAGCUUGUCAUGUCGUGCAAUUUUUUCUACGGCUUAGUUUUGUACUUUCUGUUUGGCUCCUCAUCAUACCUUUUAUCACGUUUUGGAUAUGGCGAUUGGCCUUUGUGAAGAGUUUAGGGGAAGCUCACAGAUUAUUUCUAAGUCAUAUUUCAACAACAGUUAUUCUUACUGAUUGUCUGCAUGGUUUCCUGCUUUCUGCUAGUAUUGUGUUUAUUUUUCUUGGAGCCACUUCUUUGCGAGAUUACUUCAGGCAUUUGCGUGAGCUUGGAGGACAAGAUGCUGAGAGGGAGGAUGAAGGGGACAGAAAUGGUGCUCGUGCUGGAAGAAGACCUCCCGAACAAGCUAAUAGGAAUUUUGUUGGUGAAGGAAAUGGAGAAGAUGCUGGAGGAGCACAGGGUGUUGCUGGCGGAAUUCAAAUUGUCAGAAGGAAUGCAGAAAAUGUUGCUGCACGAUGGGAGAUUCAGGCAGCCCGUCUUGAGGCCCAUGUUGAACAGAUGUUUGAUGGUUUGGAUGAUGCUGAUGGUGCAGAGGAUGUGCCUUUUGAUGAGCUUGUUGGCAUGCAGGGUCCAGUUUUCCAUUUAGUUGAAAAUGCAUUUACUGUUUUGGCUAGCAAUAUGAUAUUCCUUGGUGUUGUGAUCUUUGUGCCCUUCUCUUUUGGUCGGAUAAUUCUAUAUUACAUGUCAUGGCUUUUCUCCUCUGCUAGUGGUGGCAUCUACCGACACCUUAUUACAUUUGAAGGUCAAGAAAACAGUAUGCUUGGCCACGUUGCAGAAGCGGCUAACAGCACAAGUGCAUCACUUUCGGCAGAUCUCUUAAAAGGGGCACUUAUUGGAACAUCACGACUUUCUGAUGUUACUACACUUGCAAUUGGAUACAUGUUCAUAUUCUCUCUUGUCUUCUUCUAUUUGGGUAUUGUUGCCUUGAUUCGGUAUACCAAGGGCGAGCCUUUGACUAUGGGAAGGUUUUAUGGUAUUGCUUCUAUAGCAAAAAUGGUUCCAUCUCUCUUCAGGCAGUUCUUGGCUGCAAUGAAGCAUUUGAUGACCAUGAUUAAGGUUGCUUUCCUUCUGGUCAUUGAACUUGGGGUGUUUCCUUUAAUGUGUGGAUGGUGGUUAGAUGUCUGUACCAUAAGGAUGUUCGGGAAGACAAUGUCUCAAAGAGUUCAGUUCUUUUCAGUCUCUCCUUUGGCUAGCUCAUUGGUUCAUUGGGUUGUAGGGAUUGUCUACAUGUUACAAAUAAGUAUCUUUGUUAGCCUUCUUCGAGUGGUUCUGCGUAAUAAAGUUCUUUACUUUCUUCGAGAUCCUGCUGAUCCCAACUACAAUCCAUUUCGUGAUCUGAUUGAUGAUCCUGUGCACAAGCAUGCUCGCAGAGUUCUGUUGUCUGUUGCAGUUUAUGGGAGUUUGAUUGUGAUGCUGGUAUUUUUGCCAGUCAAACUUGCUAUGCAGAUGGCUCCUUCCACUUUUCCUCUUGACAUAUCGGUAUCAGACCCAUUUACUGAAAUACCAGCUGAUAUGCUUCUCUUUCAAAUCUGCAUGCCAUUUGCCAUUGAGCAUUUUAAAUUGCGGACGACAAUCAAGUCUCUUCUUCGCUGUUGGUUUACAGCAGUUGGAUGGGCACUCGGUCUGACUAAGUUUUUGCUGCCCAGACCUGGCGAGAGUGGUGGCCAGGAAAAUGGUAAUGUUGAGCCAAGGCCGGAUAGACUACAGGCAAUUCCAUUAGGACCUGAACAAGCUGCCCUGGCUCAAUUUCCGGCAGUCGAUGAUGCAAACAGAGGCAAUCUAGGAUCUGGAAACUCUAAUGUUUCAGAGCAGUAUGAUGCUGAUGAUCUAACUGAUUCAGAGCAGUACGGCUUUGUUCUUCGUAUUGUCCUCUUGCUGGUGAUUGCCUGGAUGACUCUGCUUGUUAUUAAUUCUGCCUUGAUAGUGGUUCCAAUUUCACUUGGACGUGCACUUUUUAAUGCAAUUCCUCUUCUUCCAAUCACUCAUGGCAUCAAGUGCAAUGAUCUAUAUGCUUUCAUCAUUGGAAGCUAUGCCAUUUGGACUGCAAUAGCUGGAGCAAGAUAUUCCAUUGAGCAUGUUAGAACGGAGAGGACAGCAGUUUUGUUUGGCCAAAUUUGGAAGUGGUGUGGCAUUGUCAUUAAGAGCUCUGCAUUAUUGUCAAUAUGGAUUUUUGUCAUUCCAGUAUUAAUUGGGUUGCUCUUUGAGCUCCUGGUGAUUGUGCCAAUGAGGGUGCCUGUGGAUGAAAGUCCAGUUUUCCUCCUGUAUCAGGAUUGGGCAUUAGGCCUCAUUUUUCUGAAGAUAUGGACUAGAUUGGUUAUGCUGGAUCACAUGAUGCCCCUGGUAGAUGAAAGCUGGCGGAUAAAAUUUGAAAGGGUGAGAGAAGAUGGUUUCUCCAGGUUGCAAGGUCUUUGGGUGCUUAGAGAGAUUGUUUUCCCUAUCAUUAUGAACUUGUUGACAGCCCUGUGUGUACCAUAUGUCUUAGCCAGAGGGGUGUUCCCUGUGUUUGGGUACCCGUUAGUAGUAAAUUCAGCAGUCUAUCGUUUUGCAUGGCUGGGAUGCCUAUGUUUCAGUGUGCUCUGGUUUUGUGCAAAGAGAUUCCACAUCUGGUUCACUAAUCUUCAUAAUAGCAUUCGCGAUGAUCGAUAUCUCAUCGGUCGUAGGCUUCAUAACUAUGGGGAAGAUUAUCAAGACAAGCAAAAUGAGGUAGGGAUGUCCUCUGAUGUCCAUAGUUCUAACAUGCAUGGCUCUGGUUUGAUCCGUAAUGACAGAGAACCUGAUGUAGGGUUGAGGUUGAGACGUGGUAAUUGAAAUGUUUAUUAAUUUCUGAAGCAGCCUUGUAGUAGUAGGUUUUGGUCCUAGUCUCAUUAGGGUUUUUGUAUAAUUAUUGAAUACUUGUUCAAAUGUUCAUGUCAAUAGCGCUCUUUACCAUGUCAAGGGCUAGCAAGAUGGCUCUCAGAUUUUUCUAGUUAUCACUGAUCUUGUGCAUAUACAAAUUAACUUAGAAGUAGGAAAACUGUGGAAUUACAAUGCAAUAUUUUGUUAUGCUACAUGGACUUGCAAGUAGAUCACAUAUAGACUAUGUGGUAUACUGUAUUUUUAUACAUAAAUUCAUAAUGGAUUUCUCAAAA